AAACACACAAUACCUUACUAGCAAUCAAACAUACAUCAUCAACUCUGAAUAUAUUACCUAGCUAUAAUCAAUGGCUGCAAAUGGAGAAGAAGUGAAGCUCUUGGGGGUUGCAGCAAGCACAUUUGUUUGCAGGGUGCAGCUGGGUCUCAAUUUGAAGGGAGUUGAAUACAAAUUUGUGGAGCAAGAUCUUGAGAACAAGAGUGAAGAGCUCCUAAAAUAUAAUCCAAUUCACAAGAAGGUACCUGUGCUUGUUCAUAACGAGAGACCCAUAAGUGAGUCCCUUGUGAUUCUUGAGUACNACCAGAGAGCAAUGGCUCGUUUCUGGGCCAAGUUCAUAGAUGACAAGGUUUUGCUUGCAUCAUGGACAUCUGUUUUUUCCAAUGAUGAGAAAGAACGUGAGAAGAAUAUUAGAGAAUCAGAUGAGGCACUGAAGUUUCUUGAGGAUGAGCUGAAGGGAAAGUUUUUCGGAGGAGAGGAGAUUGGGUUUGUGGACAUUGCUGCUGUUUAUAUUGCAUUUUGGGUCCCUCUGAUUCAAGACAUUGGAGGACUGCAAUUGUUGACCAAUGAGAAAUUUCCCAAAUUUUAUAAUUGGAGCAAAGAAUUUCUCAACCAUCCAAUUGUCAAAGAAACUAUGCCUCCUAGAGACCCACUAUUUGCCUUCUUCAAAGCUCGCUAUGAUAAUCUUAUUGCUUCGGAGUAAACUAAUAAUAUGUAGUAAAAUUCUAAGUCUUUGAAAAAAAUUAUAUGAACUUUUUUUCUGUUAUUUCGAAAAAUCUAUUGUAAUCUAGGAUAUUUCGUAGUGCAUUACUAGGAACGUUGGAUCAAGCAACUCUUGUAUAAGUUGCACUUUGCUUGAUGAGCUUAAUUUGACUACUUUUCUAUUGUAAAGCAAACUGAAUCUUCCUAUUUUGAAUUAUGAAAGAGGAACUGAAUCAACAAUUGGAAAUUUGGAACCCACCAACCAUCCUAA